CUUCUCUUGGAUGCAAUGAGAGGCGGCCCCUCGCCAAAACGCUCCUGUUUUCCUCCCUCUUCCGCACGUCGACAUCCUCUACAUCGGCAAGAACAUAGGACGACAUGGCUGACACUCUUAUGCACAGGGCCACCCUCAAGGGUCACGCCGGCUGGGUAACGGCUAUCGCCACCUCCCCCGAGUCGCCCGACAUGCUCUUGUCUGCUUCCCGCGACAAGACCAUCAUUGUCUGGCACUUGACCCGCGACGAGGAAAACUACGGUGUUGCCCGUCGUUCCCUCACCGGUCACAACCACUUCGUGUCUGACGUCGUCAUCUCCUCUGACGGCCAGUUCGCUCUCUCCGCGUCCUGGGACAAGACCCUCCGUCUGUGGGACUUGAACAGCGGUCUCACCACCCGCCGUUUCGUCGGUCACACCAACGAUGUCUUGUCCGUUUCCUUCUCCCCCGACAACCGUCAAAUUGUCUCUGGAUCCCGUGACAAGAGCAUCAAGUUGUGGAAUACCCUUGGCGAGUGCAAGUACAACAUCACCGAGGAGGGUCACAGCGAGUGGGUCUCGUGCGUCCGCUUCUCCCCCAACCCCGCCAACCCCGUCAUUGUUUCCUCUGGAUGGGACAAGCUGAUCAAGGUCUGGGACUUGGCCAAGUGCAAGUUGAAGAUCAACCACUACGGUCACACCGGAUACGUCAACAACGUCACAAUCUCCCCCGACGGUUCCCUGUGCGCCACCGGUGGAAAGGACGGCAUCACCAUGCUCUGGGACUUGAACGAGGGCAAGCACCUCUACUCCCUCGAAGCCGGCGACGUCAUCAACGCCCUCUGCUUCUCCCCCAACCGAUACUGGCUCGUUGCCGCGACCGCGUCCGGCAUCAAGAUCUGGGACUUGGAGUCCAAGAGCGUCGUCGACGAGUUGCGCCCCGAGUUCCCCCAGCAGGGCAAGAAGGCCACUCCUCCCCAAUGCAUCUCCAUCGCCUGGUCCGCUGACGGUCAAACUCUGUUCUCUGGCUACACUGACAACGAGAUCCGCGUCUGGCAGGUCAUCCGCUCCGCAUAAGCUACAUUUUUUGCGGAAGCGAAUGGAAGGAAUCAAACGGGGUGUACGCGCGCGCUAGCUGGGAGGGUUCGGCAAUGAGCUUCUUUUUGCUUGGGGGUCGGGCCACGGGAGGGCAGCGGCGAUGUGGUAGAGGAGGGAAGGAUGGAAGAAAACGAUGCUACACAUUGUAAAUUAUGAGUAGCUCGCUGGUUUUCAUGAUGUUCUCUCUUUCUUCAUUUGUCGUCGUCGUUGGUUUUGUUCUUGGCUUUGAUCUUCUGGUAUCCUUGGUUUGUGCGUCGUGCUGGGGACAAAUAGAGCUUCUAAAAACUGACGUAGGGGAUGUGCAUUAUUGGCAUGUGGGCAGUGGACUUGCCAUCGACUUCAUGUCUCGGAAUCCCUCGGGGAAUGGGCCUCUCCACACUUAUACUUGGCGGCAUGUGCGGAGA